AGGUACACUUUAAAGUUAUGCUUGCAUUCACACGUGUACUGGUGCGCCCCAUGUGAUAACCGAAGUGUACUUACAUUUGUAAGUGAUAUCUGUUUGAGGUCUGUCGGGGUUCAUCAUUCUUGCACAAUUUAGUUCUUGUCGAACGCUGGUGAAGGAGCCAUUAGGGGUCGAUCCUGCAAGAAUUCGGAAUCAGAGGAAUACUGUACACGCUGUAAGUGCGUACGCGAAUCUGUGUUGAAAAUGUUCUGUAAAUCCUUAUUGCGAACUGGAAGUCUCACAAUAUGCAGAACACCCACGGGUUUUGGAGUGAGUUCAGCGGCUGUAUCUCUUCUCAGAAACAACGAAAUGAAAAGACACUGCUCAUCAUCCAGCGAUUUAGCGAAUAAAACAUUGAAAACGAUGGAGGAGUUGCACGGGCCAAGCUUUCUCACGUCUUUGUACUGGCUCUUCGGCAAAGGCUAUUUUUACAUAACGCACGAAAUGCAAAUUGAGCACAAAAAGAUCUAUGGCCCUCUGUGGAAGUCCAAGUACGGUCCACUGCUGGUUGUGAACGUGGCGUCGGCAGACCUGAUCGAGCAGGUGCUCCGACAGGAGGGCAAGCUCCCGGUCCGGAGUGACAUGCCUCACUGGAGAGAGUACCGGCAGCUGCGCAGACAAGCCUACGGGCCCCUCACGGAAAUGGGGCCUGAAUGGCAGCGUAUCCGCAGCAUACUGAACCCCAGGAUGCUGAAGCCCAGGCACGUGUCCAACUACUCCCCUGCCAUAAACCAGGUGGUGACGGACUUCAUCCUGAGGAUUCAGCGGCUCCGGGAUGAGCAAGGGGACGGGCUCCUGGUCAGCGACAUGGCCGGGGAGCUCUACAGGUUUGCAUUUGAAGGUAUUUGCUCAGUCCUGUUUGAAACCAGAAUGGGCUGCCUUAAUGACCACGUCCCUGAAGAAACGCAGAAGUUCAUUGAGUCCGUGGGCGAGAUGUUACGCUUGUCACCGGUGGUCGUGCUCUUCCCUAAAUCCCUCUGGCCCUACCUGCCCUUCUGGAAACACUUUGUGGUAGUCUGGGAUCAUCUCUUCAGAAUCGCCAAGAUGCUGAUUGACAGCAAGGUGAAGGAGAUCCAGGGAAAGAUGGAGAAGGGGGAGUCUGUGGAAGGGGAGUAUCUAACCCACCUGCUGACCAGUGACAAGAUGUCAGUGACAGAGAUCCAGGGCAGCAUCACAGAGCUGCUGCUGGCUGGGGUGGACACGACAUCCAACACCAUCUCCUGGGCUCUGUACCACUUGGCUCGAGAACCGGAGAUUCAGGAGAUGCUUUACGAGGAAGUGAAGAGUGUGUGCCCGGGAGACAAAAUACCAACGGCCGAAGACAUUGCCAAGAUGGCGUGGUUAAAGGCAACAGUUAAAGAAACGCUACGGUUGUAUCCAGUGGUUCCAGGUAAUGCGCGGGUCAUUGUCGAUAAUGAAAUAGUAGUUGGGGGAUAUCUGUUCCCCAAGAAGACCCUUUUCCACCUCUGCCACUACGCCGUGUCCUAUGAGGAGAGCAACUUUCCUGAGCCGCACGUCUUCCGCCCAGAGCGCUGGCUCCGCGGGGAGGACAGGCUGAAGCAGCACCCGUUCAGCUCCAUCCCAUUCGGGUUUGGAAUUCGGGCCUGUUUGGGGAGGAGGGUGGCUGAGCUGGAGAUGUACUGUGUGCUUUCAAGGCUGAUUAAACAGUUUGAAGUGCGUCCGGAUCCCUCUGGGAAGACAGUGAAGGCAAAGACCAGGACGCUGAUGAUUCCUGGAACUCCGAUCAACCUGCAGUUCCUGGACAGGAAAUAGAGGAACCCUUUUUUUUGUUGUGUGCCUCUCAAAUUUUUAAUCAUUGAAUGUAAUUAGCACUUUAUAUAUAAAACUGAACAGACUCACAUCAUUAAAACAGUCUGAAUAAUCCCAUACAAUAGAAGCACAUAAUAUGUAUAGUCAACAAUGAAGUUCAAAGCUGUGGAGAGAGCUCUGCUGGACAUUGAUCUUCCAUUAACGUCACAGGUUUUACUCGAAAGGGUUUACAGCUAACAAACUCAUUCUCAUUCCUAACUCUUACCUGUCAUGCAUCCUUUGUAUUUCCCUGUUGAAGAUGCUAUGUGUUGCUAUCCUGUUUGGGUGAAAGCAUGUCACGGAUUUGAAAGCGUGGCGCUCAUGAGAGAAAGCUGCUGACUGGCCAGUGGCAAGGUGUUCAAGGGGUACACACUAGCAGAAUAAACUAGAAGGGAUACAAACUACUGGAAGAGCCAGCUAGCAUUGUUUAUAAUGAACAAGCUUGUUUUCUAAACACUUGGUUAUACACAGUUCAAGGUAAGACUUCAGGAUUGAUUUCAUUCACUGUAUUAACUGUUGUUUAUCAUGUUGCCCAGAUGAGCAGAACCCUUAGCUGUCCAGUGCAUUACCAGCAAUGGAAACGCAGUGGGUUUCAAACCUGUGUUGUACACCGGCACUGAUACAGUGCAGAGAGGCUGCAAACAGUCACACUAUGGUGGGACCAUUGCUACAGCAAGAUAUGAAACUGACGUUUUGUUUUAUUUAGUUUUUCAGUGAGCUAUGUAAAGGUUUCUGUGGUCAUUGUCACGAUGAAUAGUGUCCCAUGUAAUCGACUUAACUCGUGUAGCUGCCCGUGUGCCAAUACUGCAUUGCUAUUGCAGUGUCACUGUAUGUCCAUGUGGUGCAUUGCUAUUGCAGUGUCACUGUAUGUCCAUGUGGUGCAUUGCAAUUGCAGUGUCACUGUAUUGCCAUGCGGUGCAUUGCUAUUGCAGUGUCACUGUAUGUCCAUGUGGUGCAUUGCUAUUGCAGUGUCACUGUAUGUCCAUGUGGUGCAUUGCUAUUGCAGUGUCACUGUAUGUCCAUGUGGUGCAUUGCUAUUGCAGUGUCACUGUAUGUCCAUGCGGUGCAUUACUAUUGCAGUGUCACUGUAUUGCCAUGCGGUGCAUUGCUAUUGCAGUGUCACUGAAUGUCCAUGUGGUGCAUUGCUAUUGCAGUGUCACUGUAUGUCCAUGUGGUGCAUUGCUAUUGCAGUGUCACUGUAUGUCCAUGUGGUGCAUUGCAAUUGCAGUGUCACUAUAUCCAUGUGGUGCAUUGCUAUUGCAGUGUCACUGUAUUGCCAUGUGGUGCAUUGCUAUUGCAAUGUCACUGUAUGUCCAUGUGGUGCAUUGCUAUUGCAGUGUCACUGUCUGUCCAUGUGGUGCAUUGCUAUUGCAGUGUCACUGUAUGUCCAUGUGGUGCAUUGCUAUUGCAGUGUCACUGUAUGUCCAUGUGGUGCAUUGCUAUUGCAGUGUCACUGUAUUGCCAUCUCGUCAGGAGAAACUCCCAUUGUAUUAAUUUAGGAUGUUGCUUAAAUCAUCCAUUAUUUCAGCUACAAACAAGAAAGCCAUUGUAAUGAAUCUCUGAGUUAGUCCCCAUGGAAAUCUGCCACGAGAAGAUUGUUUUCUGCAAACUUCUGCGGCAAAGACUUUUUAAUGAAAAACAGUGUUAAAGAGUAGAAACUAAUUUUAAAAAGUAAGUCACAGUUAGUUAAAUUAAUUAUUUAUUAAAUCACUUUACUAAAAUCUGAAAAAAAGAACAAACAUGUUUGCCAUAUUUUAUGGAAAUCAAAGAAGAAAAAAAACCCCACAUACAUUAAAGCAAAGAGAGUUCACUUUUUAAAACUCUUACAGCACUGACUAUUUUUUAAAAUAUACGUAAUACAGAAAAUAAAUUAAAUACAGUUAUGGCCAAAACAUUUAAUGACAUUAGUAAUAAUAUUUGCCUAGCAGAAUAAGAUUUUAGUGGUGCACUGGGAUUCAAAUUAGCAUUGGUAAAUUUUACAAAUGCACUGUUUACUGUGUACGAGGUUUGGAGCAUUUUUGUACAAAUGUAACAGUAUUUUUAGAAACGUGUUGUUCACCAAAAUGUUGUAAUUUUAAAACGUAUGCAGAUCAAGACAGCACAUCGAAAUAGUUUGGAAGCUGUGACAAGCACUUGGAAACAGUGACAGGCGACACUGAUUGGCUGAUAAACUAGCUUUUGUGUUUCUUUGACCACAAUGUGAAAGACGUACCACAAAACAAACCGGAAAGUAACAAUUAAAAAAAAAGUAAUCCAAGUAAUCGGAUAAUAUCUAAUAUAGUGAUAAUAUCUAAUAUAGCGAUAAUAUCUAAUAUAGUGAUAAUAUCUAAUAUAGUGAUAAUAUCUAAUAUAGUGAUAAUAUCUAAUAUAGUAAUUCAUGUGACUACUCCAUGUACAAAAAACGUGUGUAUUUCCAUAAUUAGAAUGACGUCUUUCAGGACCUGUAACAGCGAUACAAGCAAGGUCUGAAUUGUUUUUCUCUGACCUUUCACAUGGAGUAACAGAACAACGCUUCGCUUUGAACUUGCGACUAAACUAUGAAGUCCUUUUGUAAAAUAAUAAUAAUAAUAUCUUGCCUUCUACAAACAGCGAGUAUGCGCUUUAGUGACAUGUUCAGUAAUAGUAGGGAGCAAAUGUUUUGCAUAAAGCACAUUCUGUGAUGUGGAGGGACCACCUAGUGGCUGAUGAGUUACUAAGAGCCCCCCUUAUCUCUCCACUGCAGAGCUCUUUCAGUUGAAUAGUAAGACGUUCCUCUUUGACUCGGGUGCUUUGUGAUUCACGUCCAGCCCUUUCCUUUCCCUUCAAUUCAAUGAUCUGAGACGCCAAUUAAUUCCACUGCCUCCUAACAUUUUAUUUAAUGCCAUUUCUUACACUUAGCACCGUUGUAUACUUUAAUCAUUUUAAUUGACAACUUAUUGAACAUGUAUUGAUCUUAUAUAGAUUCCUGUGCCUUGAGAGCAAUGUACAGUAUAUGCAAAUGGUCACUGUUGAAAAUCAAAGUGUGUGUGUUGAGGUGUGAGUAGAGGCCAGUGUUUUUAGCUAUUUCUAUUGGGUAUAAACAGUAUCUUCAUUUGUAUUGGAUUUUAAUACCGUCCUAUGUUUUACAUUGUUUUAACACAAAGGAAUGAAUGCUUAAUACACAAAUCAAUAAAUAUGAAGUAUCUUUUAC